GGCCGCGCGCACGGGAAGCCGGAGAGGCGGAAAGGAUGGCGCUGUGACAGCCGGGCUGGAGCCCUCGCGUCCCCACCGCGGCUCAGCCCGCGCCCCGGCCGCUCGGCCCCGCGAGAUGGAGUCCACAGCCUACCCUAUCAAUUUGACUCUGAAAGAAGAGGAAGAGGAAGAAGAGAUUCAGAGCCGGGAACUGGAGGAUAGACCUGCAGAUAUGCAGAAAGUGCGGAUCUGCUCCGAGGGCGGAUGGGUACCUGCCCUAUUUGAUGAGGUGGCCAUAUAUUUUUCCGACGAGGAGUGGGAAGUUUUGACGGAGCAACAAAAGGCCCUCUACCGGGAAGUCAUGAGGAUGAACUAUGACACUGUCCUGUCCCUGGAAUUCCCAUUCCCUAAGCCAGACAUGAUCACUCGGUUGGAGGGGGAGGAGUCUCGGAGUUCUGACGAGUGGCAGCUCCAAGGAGGAACCUUGGCAGAAAACGACGAAUCUGAUGUAAAGCCUCCAAAUUGGGCAGGCCCGGUGAAUACCACCCCCCAGUUUGCUCAGCCUCAGCACCUGGACAGCUUUGGCCUCCGCCUGCCCCGGGACAUCACGGAGCUGCCUGAAUGGAGUGAGGGAUGCCCCUUCUACAUGGCCAUGGGCUUCUCAGGCUGUGACCUCUCUGCUGACGACAUAGCUGGGAAGUUUCAGUUCAGCCGGGGCAUGCGCCGCAGUUACGAUGCAGGGUUCAAGUUAAUGGUGGUGGAGUAUGCCGAGAGCACCAACAACUGCCAGGCUGCCAAGCAGUUCGGAGUAUUGGAAAAAAAUGUUCGAGACUGGCGCAAAGUGAAGCCGCAGCUCCAGAAUGCCCAUGCUAUGCGGCGUGCGUUCCGAGGCCCCAAGAAUGGGAGGUUUGCUCUGGUGGACCAGCGUGUGGCCGAAUAUGUCAGAUACAUGCAGGCCAAAGGGGACCCCAUCACCAGGGAAGCGAUGCAGCUGAAAGCUCUCGAAAUCGCCCAGGAAAUGAACAUUCCCGAGAAGGGAUUCAAGGCCAGCUUGGGUUGGUGUCGAAGAAUGAUGAGAAGGUAUGACCUGUCCCUGAGGCAUAAAGUGCCUGUGCCCCAGCACCUGCCUGAUGAUCUGACCGAGAAACUCGUCACUUACCAGCGGAGCGUCCUGGCUCUGCGCAGGACCCACGACUAUGAGGUGGCUCAGAUGGGAAAUGCAGAUGAGACGCCAAUUUGUUUAGAGGUGCCCUCGCGCGUGACUGUUGACAACCAGGGCGAAAAGCCCGUCCUGGUCAAGACGCCGGGCAGGGAGAAACUGAAAAUCACUGCAAUGCUUGGCGUCUUGGCUGAUGGGAGGAAAUUACCUCCAUAUAUCAUUUUGAGGGGAACAUAUAUCCCGCCCGGGAAGUUCCCCAGUGGAAUGGAGAUCCGCUGCCACCGGUACGGGUGGAUGACUGAGGACUUGAUGCAGGACUGGCUGGAGGUGGUGUGGAGACGGAGGAUGGGAGCGGUGCCCAAGCAGCGGGGGAUGCUGAUCUUGAACGGCUUCCGGGGCCAUGCAACCGACUCUGUGAAGAGCUCCAUGGAGAGCAUGAACACCGACAUGGUGAUCAUCCCAGGGGGCCUGACCUCGCAGCUUCAGGUGCUGGAUGUGGUCGUCUACAAACCGCUGAAUGACAGUGUGCGCGCCCAGUACUCCAACUGGCUUUUGGCCGGGAACCUGGCGCUGAGCCCCACCGGGAACGCCAAGAAGCCGCCCCUGGGCCUCUUCCUGGAGUGGGUCAUGGUUGCAUGGAAUAGCAUCUCAAGUGAAUCCAUUGUCCAAGGGUUCAAGAAGUGCCACAUCUCCAGCAACUUGGAGGAGGAAGACGAUGUCCUGUGGGAAAUCGAGAGUGAGUUGCCAGGAGGAGGAGAACCACCAAAAGAAUGUGAUACAGAAAGCAUGACUGAGGGCAACUGAAGGAAGAGUCAAGCAAAUGGAACUGCGAUUGAAUCAGUUGGGGAGGAAAACCCUCAAGCAGAUUAUUCCUGAAAGUGUGGAUGCACAGGAACAGCAGGAAGAGGCAGUGUGGACAGCAGCCUGUGCAUACCAUCCCUGGACGCAGCUCGGCCCCACCCCACACCGGAAGCUGUCAGAAAAGUCUAGAACCCUGAAUUUCAUCAGAGAUAUGAUUAGAAAAGAAACUGCUUCUGCCCUCUUUUUUGUUUGGGAGAUUACUCCAUCUGUCCAUCAAAAGAGACCUGUAAAUAUGAAUGAAUGAAGGUGUUUCCCAGAGAAGAGACCAUUUGUUCCAUGCCAACAAGAGAAUGAAAUGGGCAUCACUCCAGUGGUGUCCCUUGUGUGGAGAAAACUUCAAGUAAAUGUUUUAUUCUGCCUUUGAAAAUGCUUCCAAGAGUAGACCUGUCCCCACACAGGUCAAGACUACAAAGAAGGCUUUGUAGAAAUGUGUCACUUACAUACACCUGCUACUUACACAUUUCUUUUUUAGAAAAAUGAGAUACUAAUGAUAACAAAAUUAAGACAUACUGGCCUGGUGCCAGCAGAUGGCUUUUCUAUGGACAGAUUAAGGUUAGUGUGGAAGAUAUAGUUUAAAAUAAAGUAUGCUGUUUUAUUUAUCUUCCCAA